AUGUGCCAUCUCAGUGCGUGCGCGGGAUUGCGCAACCCCGAGGCUCCGAUUGGAUCCUGCUGCUCUCCACUGGACUGUGUGCACAUCGGGCACUGCUGCAGGGAGCUGAACCCGGAUUCCAGGUUCACUGGCAACCCCUAUCACAAUGGCCGUGUUUGCAGCACAUGGGGUAACUUCCACUUCAAGACCUUUGAUGGGGACAUCUUUUACUUCCCUGGGGUCUGCAAUUACAUCUUUGCAUCCAACUGCAAGUCUUCCUAUGAGGACUUCAACAUCCAGAUUAGGCGUGCAAUGGUGGAAAAUGCCACUGUGAUCACUCAUGUCAUCAUGAAGCUGGAAGGAGUAGUGAUCGAACUGACGCCCAGCUCUGUCCUGCUCGACAACCAACUGAUCCAGAUGCCCUACAGCCAUAUGGGAGUCUUUAUAGAGAGAAGUAACAACUAUUUGAAAAUUUCUGCCAAGUUGGGACUGACCUUCCUUUGGAAUGGACAAGAUGCCCUCCUGGUGGAACUAGAUAAGAAAUAUGCCAAUCAAACUUGUGGACUUUGUGGGGACUUCAAUGGAAUUCCAGUCAGCAAUGAAUUUAUUUCAGGGAAGACAAAACUUACCCCCAUACAGUUUGGUAAUAGGCAGAAGAUAGAUGGACCCACAGAGCAGUGUGAUGAUCCUAUUCCUCCCACUUCUCUGAUGAACUGCUCAAGAGAAUUUGCCUCUAUCUGUGAGACAGUAUUAACCAGCAAAGCAUUUGCAAGUUGUAACAUGCUUGUGAAUGUCCAGGACUACAUCGAAACUUGCAUACAAGACCUGUGCCACUGUGACAGCUCUAUGGCUGACUUCUGCAUGUGCAACACCUUUGCUGAGUACUCCCGGCAGUGUGCUCACGCAGGUGGACAGCCCCAGAACUGGAGAACCUCAGACCUGUGCCCCAAAUCAUGUCCAUUCAACAUGCAGUACCAUGAGUGUGGCUCUCCCUGCUCCGACACAUGCAGCAACCCGGAACGAUCUGCACUUUGUGAGGAUCACUGUACAGAUGGCUGUGUCUGUCCUCCAGGAAUGGUAUUUGAUGAUGUUAAUGGUGCCGGCUGCAUUCCCCGCAGAGAAUGCCACUGUACCUAUGAAGGGGAAACUUAUGCUCCUGGUGCCUCCUUCUCAUCUAAAUGCAGAUCAUGUACCUGUGUUGGAGGUGAAUGGUCCUGUGUCACUCAGUCAUGCUCUGGGACUUGCAGUAUUGGAGGAGGUUCCCACAUUUCAACAUUUGAUGAGAAAUACUAUUCCUUCUUUGGAGACUGUAGUUAUGUCCUAGCCAAGCUCUGUGACAGCAAUGAAUUCACAGUGUUGGGGGAUAUCCACAAGUGUGGCCUGACUGACACUGAGACAUGCCUGAAGGGUGUAGCCAUCAGCCUGAACGGAGGGCAAACGAACAUUGUGAUCCAGCCUUCUGGGAGUGUAUUUGUGAAUAUGAUCUACACACAGUUGCCAUUCUCAGCAGCAAACGUCACCAUCUUCAGGCCUUCAUCUUUCUUCAUAAUUCUGCAAACAACUUUUGGUCUUCAGCUACAGGUUCAACUUGUGCCUUUAAUGCAAGUUUUUAUAGACCUAGACCCGUCACACAAAGGGCAGACCUGUGGUCUCUGUGGAAACUUCAAUGAUGUACAGACAGAUGAUUUCAAAACCACCAGUGGUGUGAUAGAGGGCACUUCAGCUGCCUUUGGCAAUACUUGGAAGACUCGGGCUGAUUGUCCUGAUGCCAAAAAUACCUUUGAGGACCCCUGUACUGCCAGCAUACAGAAUGACCAGUAUGCUCAGCACUGGUGUGGCCUGCUCUCUGAUACCAUGGGACCUUUUGCUGAAUGUCACUCAACAGUGAAUCCAGAAGUUUACCAAAAGACCUGUAUGUUUGACACAUGUAACUGUGAGAAGAGUGAGGACUGCAUGUGUGCUGCCCUUUCCAGCUAUGUCAGAGCCUGUGCUGCUAAAGGAGUUCUUCUCACUGGAUGGAGGAGCAGAGCCUGCACAAAAUACACCACCUUGUGUCCAAAGUCCUUGAAGUACACCUACAAUGUGGAUUCCUGCCAACCCACCUGCCGCGCACUGAGUGAGCCUGAUGUCACAUGCGGCAUCAAGUUUGUCCCAGUUGAUGGCUGUACCUGCAUAAAUGGAACCUACAUGGAUGACAGUGGCAAAUGUGUGCCUGCUUCUGGCUGUCCUUGUUACUACAAAGGAAUGCCUCUGUCUUCUGGAGAAGUCGUUCAUGAUAAUGGUGUUGUCUGCACUUGUGCCUAUGGGAAGCUGAGCUGCAUUGGAGAGAAGCCUGAACCAGUCUGUGUGCCUCCCAUGGUUUAUGUUGACUGUGGCAAUGUCACUGCAAAUGUGGUAGGAGCAGGAUGUCAGAAGAGUUGUCAGACUCUAGAUAUGGAAUGUUACAAAACUCACUGUGUCUCUGGCUGCAUAUGUCCUCAUGAUCAAGUGUUGGAUGGCAAAGGUGGCUGUAUUGCUCCAGAAGACUGUCCAUGUAUUCACAAUGAGAUUUCCUACAGUCCAGGAGAAUCAAUCAGAGUUGGCUGUAACAACUGCACAUGUAGAAACAGAAAAUGGCAAUGCUCUGAGGAACCCUGCCUGGAAACAUGUUCUGUUUAUGGAGAUGGCCAUUAUACCACCUUUGAUGGCAAACGCUUUGAUUUUGAAGGAGACUGUGAAUAUGUUCUGGUCCAGAACUACUGUGGUCAACAAGCUAUGAACCAGGGAACCUUCAGAGUCAUCACUGAGAACAUUCCAUGUGGCACUACAGGAACUACCUGCUCUAAGUCUAUUAAAGUUUUCCUGGGUAACUAUGAGCUGGUACUCAGCGAUGGAUACUCUGAUGUCAUCCAGAGGACACCUGGAGGAAAAAUGCCAUUCCAAAUCCGUUCCAUGGGCAUCUACCUGGUGGUGGAUACUACUGUUGGUCUGAUACUCAUGUGGGACAAGAAAACCAGUAUAUUCAUCAAACUUAGUCCCAGCUUUCAGGGCCAUGUCUGUGGACUUUGUGGAAACUAUGAUGGGAAUGGAAAUAAUGACUUCACUACUCGCAGUCAGUCUGUGGUUGGAAAUGUGCUGGAGUUUGCCAAUAGCUGGAAAGUAUCUUCUAGCUGUCCAAAUGCCAAUCGUACGCAGGAUCCAUGCACUGCAAACCCAUACAGGAAAGCCUGGGCACAGAAGCAAUGCAGCAUCAUCACUAGUGAAGUGUUUGCAAAGUGUCACUCACAGGUGGAACCAAAUGAAUAUUACCAAGCAUGUGUGGAUGAUGCAUGUGCCUGUGACACUGGAGGAGACUGUGAAUGUUUCUGCACAGCAGUAGCUGCCUACGCUCAAGCAUGUAAUGAGCUAGACAUCUGCAUAUCAUGGAGAACCCCAGCCAUUUGUCCUCUCUUCUGUGAUUACUAUAAUCCACAAGGGGAAUGUGAGUGGCACUACAAGCCAUGUGGAGCACCUUGUAUGAAGACCUGCAAUAAUCCAAGUGGGAGAUGCCUUCAUGAGAUGAGGGGUUUGGAAGGUUGCUAUCCACAGUGUCCAAAGAAUAAGCCCUAUUUUGAUGAGGAAACCAUGACCUGUGUUUCUUAUUGCGGUUGUUAUGAAGAUGGAAAAAAUUACAAACCAGGAAUGGAGAUGCCUUCAAAGCAGAAUUGUGAAUCAUGCGAAUGUACAAUUCAUGGCAAAAAAUGCAGAUAUGAUGAACAUGAAUGUGUGUGCAUUUAUGAGGGGCAGAAGUACAACUACAAAGAUGUGGUCUACAACACUACAGAUGGCACAGGAUGGUGUAUUGUUGCAACCUGCGGUCCCAAUGGAACACUUCAAAGGUUUAUGCAUGAAUGUAUAACCUCAACAUCACCCACAACAGCAACAACAUUUCACUUCAGCUCUACACCACCUACCACUACUUCCACGGUGUCACCAACUACAUCAGUAUGUGUUCAUGAAGUCUGUAAGUGGUCCGAGUGGUAUGAUGGGAGUCUACAAAUCCCUGGCUAUGAUGGGGGAGAUUUUGAAACUUUUGAUGAUUUACGAGCAAAAGGUUAUGAAGUUUGUAACGCCCCAAAGGCUGUUGAAUGCAGAGCAGAAAAGUUCCCUGAUAUACCACUGAAAGACCUUGGCCAAAAAGUAGAAUGCAGUACAACACAAGGGCUUAUAUGUUACAACAAGGAUCAAAUUUCAAUGAUGUGCAACAACUAUGAAAUCAGAAUCCUCUGCUGUGUUUUUGUACCAUGUUCUGCCACAAUGCCUUUCAGCACAUCAACCCCAGUAACAACUCCAAUUCUGACAGAAACAUCUACUGAAACAACAUAUUCAGUUACUACUGAAAGUACAUUAAUACCUUCACCUACGGAAGAAACAACUAGAACAACACCUGCCACCAUAUCUCCUUCAACAACUCCUCUUUGCUUCAAAGAAAAAUGUCACUGGUCAAGAUGGUAUGAUGUCAGUUAUCCAGGGUCAGGUUAUGAUGAUGGAGAUUUUGAUACCAUUGAGAACAUUGAAAAAAACGGACACAAAGUCUGCAAAAAUAGAAAGGACGUGGAAUGCAGAGCAGUACGGUUCCCAAACACACCAUAUCCUUUACUGGAGCAAAACAUAACAUGUAACACACAAGAAGGGUUGAUAUGUUACAAUAAAGAUCAAUUGCCACCAAUAUGCUAUAAUUAUGAAUUAAGAUUCAAAUGCUGUGUAAAGAUACCAGUGCCGUGUGAAACAACCUCGGAAAUUCUGACUACAACACCACCACCAACAACUAUUAUAUCAAGUACAAUAUCAACGCAAGAACCAACGACUCUAAGUUUACAAACAAAACACAGGACAACAACUGAAUACACAGGAGAACCAAAAACAGAUUACAUACACACAAGAAUAACGCCAAAACCAACGAUGCAACCUCAAACACAAACUACUACCAUCCCCUGUGAGCCUGAAGUGUGCACCUGGAGCGAGUGGUUCGACGUCGACUUCCCCUCCUCGGGGCCCAACCAGGGAGACUUCGAAACCUACCAGCACAUCCGCGCCGCCGGCAAGCAGGUCUGCCGGCAGCCAAAGCAGAUCGAGUGCCGGGCGGAGGACUACCCCGAUGUAGCCAUCCAACACGUGGGACAGGUCGUGCAGUGCGACGUCCACUUUGGGCUGGUGUGCAAGAACGCGGACCAGACGGGCAAAUUCAAGAUGUGCCUCAACUACAAGAUCCGCGUGCUCUGCUGCACCCCCAACUACAACUGCUCACUCCCUCUGCCCGUGAUAACAACCAGCCCCACCACCAGCACCAGCACAUCGAUCCCGUCCUCCACCACAGUCACCACCUCCACCUCCACGCCCUACAUCUCCACCACCACGAGUCCCAGCUCCACAGAAAUCAGCACUUCCACCAGCACCUCCAUCCCCACGCCGAUGACGUCUACCACUACUUCCUUCACCACCCCCUGUGAGCCUGAAGUGUGCACCUGGAGCGAGUGGUUCGACGUCGACUUCCCCUCCUCGGGGCCCAACCAGGGAGACUUCGAAACCUACCAGCACAUCCGCGCCGCCGGCAAGCAGGUCUGCCGGCAGCCAAAGCAGAUCGAGUGCCGGGCGGAGGACUACCCCGAUGUAGCCAUCCAACACGUGGGACAGGUCGUGCAGUGCGACGUCCACUUUGGGCUGGUGUGCAAGAACGCGGACCAGACGGGCAAAUUCAAGAUGUGCCUCAACUACAAGAUCCGCGUGCUCUGCUGCACCCCCAACUACAACUGCUCACUCCCUCUGCCCGUGAUAACAACCAGCCCCACCACCAGCACCAGCACAUCGAUCCCGUCCUCCACCACAGUCACCACCUCCACCUCCACGCCCUACAUCUCCACCACCACGAGUCCCAGCUCCACAGAAAUCAGCACUUCCACCAGCACCUCCAUCCCCACGCCGAUGACGUCUACCACUACUUCCUUCACCACCCCCUGUGAGCCUGAAGUGUGCACCUGGAGCGAGUGGUUCGACGUCGACUUCCCCUCCUCGGGGCCCAACCAGGGAGACUUCGAAACCUACCAGCACAUCCGCGCCGCCGGCAAGCAGGUCUGCCGGCAGCCAAAGCAGAUCGAGUGCCGGGCGGAGGACUACCCCGAUGUAGCCAUCCAACACGUGGGACAGGUCGUGCAGUGCGACGUCCACUUUGGGCUGGUGUGCAAGAACGCGGACCAGACGGGCAAAUUCAAGAUGUGCCUCAACUACAAGAUCCGCGUGCUCUGCUGCACCCCCAACUACAACUGCUCACUCCCUCUGCCCGUGAUAACAACCAGCCCCACCACCAGCACCAGCACAUCGAUCCCGUCCUCCACCACAGUCACCACCUCCACCUCCACGCCCUACAUCUCCACCACCACGAGUCCCAGCUCCACAGAAAUCAGCACUUCCACCAGCACCUCCAUCCCCACGCCGAUGACGUCUACCACUACUUCCUUCACCACCCCCUGUGAGCCUGAAGUGUGCACCUGGAGCGAGUGGUUCGACGUCGACUUCCCCUCCUCGGGGCCCAACCAGGGAGACUUCGAAACCUACCAGCACAUCCGCGCCGCCGGCAAGCAGGUCUGCCGGCAGCCAAAGCAGAUCGAGUGCCGGGCGGAGGACUACCCCGAUGUAGCCAUCCAACACGUGGGACAGGUCGUGCAGUGCGACGUCCACUUUGGGCUGGUGUGCAAGAACGCGGACCAGACGGGCAAAUUCAAGAUGUGCCUCAACUACAAGAUCCGCGUGCUCUGCUGCACCCCCAACUACAACUGCUCACUCCCUCUGCCCGUGAUAACAACCAGCCCCACCACCAGCACCAGCACAUCGAUCCCGUCCUCCACCACAGUCACCACCUCCACCUCCACGCCCUACAUCUCCACCACCACGAGUCCCAGCUCCACAGAAAUCAGCACUUCCACCAGCACCUCCAUCCCCACGCCGAUGACGUCUACCACUACUUCCUUCACCACCCCCUGUGAGCCUGAAGUGUGCACCUGGAGCGAGUGGUUCGACGUCGACUUCCCCUCCUCGGGGCCCAACCAGGGAGACUUCGAAACCUACCAGCACAUCCGCGCCGCCGGCAAGCAGGUCUGCCGGCAGCCAAAGCAGAUCGAGUGCCGGGCGGAGGACUACCCCGAUGUAGCCAUCCAACACGUGGGACAGGUCGUGCAGUGCGACGUCCACUUUGGGCUGGUGUGCAAGAACGCGGACCAGACGGGCAAAUUCAAGAUGUGCCUCAACUACAAGAUCCGCGUGCUCUGCUGCACCCCCAACUACAACUGCUCACUCCCUCUGCCCGUGAUAACAACCAGCCCCACCACCAGCACCAGCACAUCGAUCCCGUCCUCCACCACAGUCACCACCUCCACCUCCACGCCCUACAUCUCCACCACCACGAGUCCCAGCUCCACAGAAAUCAGCACUUCCACCAGCACCUCCAUCCCCACGCCGAUGACGUCUACCACUACUUCCUUCACCACCCCCUGUGAGCCUGAAGUGUGCACCUGGAGCGAGUGGUUCGACGUCGACUUCCCCUCCUCGGGGCCCAACCAGGGAGACUUCGAAACCUACCAGCACAUCCGCGCCGCCGGCAAGCAGGUCUGCCGGCAGCCAAAGCAGAUCGAGUGCCGGGCGGAGGACUACCCCGAUGUAGCCAUCCAACACGUGGGACAGGUCGUGCAGUGCGACGUCCACUUUGGGCUGGUGUGCAAGAACGCGGACCAGACGGGCAAAUUCAAGAUGUGCCUCAACUACAAGAUCCGCGUGCUCUGCUGCACCCCCAACUACAACUGCUCACUCCCUCUGCCCGUGAUAACAACCAGCCCCACCACCAGCACCAGCACAUCGAUCCCGUCCUCCACCACAGUCACCACCUCCACCUCCACGCCCUACAUCUCCACCACCACGAGUCCCAGCUCCACAGAAAUCAGCACUUCCACCAGCACCUCCAUCCCCACGCCGAUGACGUCUACCACUACUUCCUUCACCACCCCCUGUGAGCCUGAAGUGUGCACCUGGAGCGAGUGGUUCGACGUCGACUUCCCCUCCUCGGGGCCCAACCAGGGAGACUUCGAAACCUACCAGCACAUCCGCGCCGCCGGCAAGCAGGUCUGCCGGCAGCCAAAGCAGAUCGAGUGCCGGGCGGAGGACUACCCCGAUGUAGCCAUCCAACACGUGGGACAGGUCGUGCAGUGCAACGUCCACUUUGGACUGGUGUGCAAGAACGCGGACCAGACGGGCAAAUUCAAGAUGUGCCUCAACUACAAGAUCCGUGUGCUCUGCUGCAGCCCCAACUACAACUGCUCACUCCCUCUGCCCGUGAUAACAACCAGCCCCACCACCAGCACCAGCACAUCGAUCCCGUCCUCCACCACAGUCACCACCUCCACCUCCACGCCCUACAUCUCCACCACCACGAGUCCCAGCUCCACAGAAAUCAGCACUUCCACCAGCACCUCCAUCCCCACGCCGAUGACGUCUACCACUACUUCCUUCACCACCCCCUGUGAGCCUGAAGUGUGCACCUGGAGCGAGUGGUUCGACGUCGACUUCCCCUCCUCGGGGCCCAACCAGGGAGACUUCGAAACCUACCAGCACAUCCGCGCCGCCGGCAAGCAGGUCUGCCGGCAGCCAAAGCAGAUCGAGUGCCGGGCGGAGGACUACCCCGAUGUAGCCAUCCAACACGUGGGACAGGUCGUGCAGUGCAACGUCCACUUUGGACUGGUGUGCAAGAACGCGGACCAGACGGGCAAAUUCAAGAUGUGCCUCAACUACAAGAUCCGUGUGCUCUGCUGCAGCCCCAACUACAACUGCCUGUUUUCCACCCCCUCCACCAGCACCAGCACAUCUACCAUCACUACCCGAAGUGACUUGAUUUACAACAGAAUUGAUAGUGAGGGAUGUAGAUUCUAUGCCAUCUGUAGCCCAACAUGUAAUAUUGAACGACACACUGUUCAUUGUCCUGUCACCACUUUGCCGGCCACCACUUCCUCUGAGUGGUCCACAGUAACAACAGCUGUUCCUCUGCCUCCUACCUCUACACGUCCUGCUUUUCAUGGUUGUGUUUCCACUAUUUACCCUCCUCUACAACCUGGAGAAAGAUUCAAAUUAUCCAACUGUACAGAAGUCAUCUGCAAUGGAGACAACAAUAUAGAGGUAGUACCAACGUACUGUCCACCUGUAAAGGAAAUUACCUGUGCAAACAGAUAUCCACCAAUGCUGGUACCUGAUGAAAAUGGAUGCUGUUACCGAUAUGAGUGUCAAUGUGUGUGUAGUGGAUGGGGUGAUCCUCAUUACAUUACUUUUGAUGGAACCUAUUAUACCUUCCUUGAAAACUGCACUUACGUCCUGGUGAAACAGAUUGUCCCUAGAUAUGACAACUUCCGUGUUUACAUUGACAAUUAUUACUGUGAUUCAAAAGAUGGACUCUCCUGCCCUAAAUCUAUAAUUAUUUUCUACAAAUCUGCAGAAGUGGUACUGACUCGUCAACUCAUGAAUGGUGUGAUGACCAAUGUGAUGUACUUCAACAAAAAGAUUGUUGAACCAGGCUUCAAAAAAGAUGGAAUUUCUUUCUCCACUCUUGGCAUCAAUAUGAUUGUUGAAAUAGAAGAAAUUGGUGCAGUCAUCACCUUUAGUGGUCUGAUUUUCUCGGUCAAGCUCCCAUACAGCAAAUUUGGCAACAACACUGAAGGACAAUGUGGAACAUGUACAAACAAUAAAGCAGACGAAUGCCGCCUACCAAGUGGUAAGAUCAUUUCCUCCUGUCCCCAAAUGGCUCAUCACUGGAUUGUUGACAACAACAAGUCAUGCCAUGGAAUACCAAUACCACCAGCUAUAACCACACCUCCACCAAAGCCGCAAUGUCAAACACCUCUGCUCUGCAAACUUAUCUUGAGCGAGGUUUUUGCAGAAUGUCAUUCCGUGAUACCCCCAGAACCAUUUUUCAAAGGCUGUGUUUUUGAUGGAUGUCGCAUAGACGAUGAAUCCAUGCAGUGUUCCAGUUUGGAGAUAUAUGCUACAGAGUGUGCUGCUAGAGGUGUCUGCAUUGACUGGAGAGGAAUGACCAACAGUACAUGUCCAUUCAGCUGUCCAUCAAGCAUGGUAUACAAGCCAUGUGGGCCCAUUAAUCCAGUUACCUGUGGCCAAAGCUAUGAGCGUCCUGGCUAUGGAGUAACUGAAGGCUGUUUCUGUCCUGAAGGAAUGACACUCCUGCAUGCAGAGAGCAGCAUCUGUGUCUCUGAAUGCUUCUGCAGAGAACCAAAUGGAAUGUCCAGACAGCCAGGAGAAAAAUGGACAAAAGAUUGCCGGGAAUGUGUCUGUGACAAAAAUACUCUUAAGCCUGGAGCUGCCAUUCCAUCAGGCCCCUGUGAAGAAUGCACCUGUUCUGCAUCCUCUCCCUCGAGGCCUGACCACCUCAGGGUCACGUGCCAGCCCGUUAUCUGUGACACCUACUGCCCGCUGGAAGGAGAACACUGGAAUCCACCUGGUGAUAACUGUACUGUUUACACAUGUGAAAAACAUGCUGACCAAUUCAUUCAAGUCAUCAAAGAGGCAAGCUGUCCUGCCUUUAACCAUGAUGAGUGUGAUCCAGAUGAUAUCAGGCUAUCUGAUGAUGGCUGCUGUUUAGUGUGCCGAAGAGUGCCGAAACUCUGUAUGAAGUACAAUAUGACUACUGUCAUCAGCUAUAACGGCUGUGUAUCUCCUGCACCUGUUGAGAUAACCUACUGUGAAGGCAGCUGUGAUGCUUACUCACGAUAUUCUCAAACGACAAACACGAUGGUGCACAAAUGCUCGUGUUGUCAGGAAAUGGAGACCAGCAAGAGAAAGGUGACUCUGAUGUGCAGUGAUGGAACCUCCCUUGAGCACUCCUACACCUACGUGGAGAAAUGCAGCUGUGUGGAUGCUGAGUGCUUUACCCAAGGCAACACCCAACAGGAGACACAGCAGACAAAGACCUCUCAGGAGCAAGGAAAUGUCAAAAAUUAG